AUGCGGACGCUGAGAUGGUUCUUGUUCCUGCCUCUGUGCGUCUCCUGUGCCUGGGCAUUCUUGUUUCCCUCGCUGAGGGAGAAAACCAAAGAAAGCCCAGGAAAGGUGCCGUGCGGAGGGCAUUUCCGCACUAGACAGAAUGUUCCAGAUCAUGCCCAAAGCUGGCUUGGGAGCAAAUGGCUCUGGCUUUUUUUCGUCGUUAUGAUAUAUGUAAUGUUGAAGUUUCGAGGAGACAGUGAGAAGAAUAAGGAGCAGAAUCCUACUAGUCUUCGAGGCUGUCAAUUUCGCUCUUCACCAAAGAAAAAUCAGAAUGUUUCCCCCAGCAAAGACUUCACUUUUAAUACUUUAACCCAGCUCGAGAUGGAACUGGUGAAAUUUGUGUCCAAGGUGCGGAAUCUUAAAGUCUCCAUGGCAACUAGCAGUAACCCCAGGCUGCACGUCCCAGAGAUACCUAUGGACCCGCACAAUAAUGUCACAAUCUAUGAGAUAUGGGGAGAGGAGGAAUCUGAGUAA